AUGUUUGUUUACGAGUUUAUGUCCGGGAUCGUCGAAACGAUCACCGGAGGUGCUGAGGAAGGGGAUUUUGAUCCCCACCAACAUAGAAAAAUAGAAAAGCCUACGACGUAUUCGGAGACAAUGAUUCAUAUGUUGAAAGGCAGUAUCGGAGCUGGUAUAUUGGCCAUGCCCUCCGCUGUGAAGCGCCUGGGCAUCAUUGUGAGCAUCAUAGGUCUUAUACUCAUCGGAUGUUUGGCUACAUACUGUAUUCUUUUAUUGAUUGAGGCACAGUACGAGCUGUGCAAGCGAUGGCGGCGGGGAUACAUUGCCUAUCCAAAGUCUAUGAUGCUAGCCGUCCGAGACGGCCCUCCCUCACUCCGCUGGGCCGCCAUGUCACUUUAUUACUUCGUCGAAGUUGUUCUCAUCUUUUGGCAGCUUGGCAUUUGCGUUAUUUUCUUUGUGUUUGUUGCAGAAAAUUUCAAACAGAUAUGCGAUUUCCAUGGUUACGAAGCAUCUCUGAGACUGCAUCUUUGUUUCGUGUUGGUACCAACGAUACUGUUGAAUCUUGUGAAAGAUCUCAAGCUAAUGACUCCGCUUUCGUCGCUCUCAAACAUAGUGACAAUAUUCGGACUGAUCUUGGUGUUCUUCUACUUGAUAGAGGAUGACGUGGUUUUGGACGAUGAAAAAUUACGCCUAAAAAGAUUCGAUGAUGUACCUAUAUUCAUAGGAACAGCUCUGUUUGCACUCGAAGCUGUUGGUGUGAUACUCGCUUUAGAAUAUAAUAUGGAGGAACCGAAACGUUUCGUAGGUAUGUUGGGACUUUACAGCAUAGGGAUGAUUACUAUAAUAACGUUAUAUUUGAUUGUCGGUGUAUUUGGUUAUCUUAAAUAUGGAGAAGAGAUUAAAGCUACAAUUACAUUAAAUUUGCCUCAAGAACAAAAAAAAGCACAAGUGGCAAAGCUUAUAUUUGCGUUGGCUAUAUUCCUAACAUUUCCUCUACAAAACUUUGUGGCGUACAACAUGGUCUGGCGACGAGCGAAGAAGAGGCUUCCAGAAAGCAAACACUUCGUCACUGACUACUGUUUACGGGUUGCUCUUGUUAUUAUACCUUGGUUACUUGCAGUGGCGGUACCUCACCUGGGCCCCUUCAUAUCCUUGUUCGGUGCAUUCUGUCUAUCGUUGCUUGGUAUUAUCUUUCCUGGCUUGAUGGACCUGUGUUUAUGGUACCCGAAUAAUUACGGAGUACUUCAUUAUAAAUAUGUACGCGAUGUGUUUAUCAUGGUAAUCGGUAUCGCAUUCCUCCUUUCCGGAUGUUAUACAAGUGUAUUAGAAAUUAUAGAAGAUUGGUAA